AAAAAAUUAUAAUUAGGAGUUUUUGUUGUAUAAUCUAGGGUUUGAAAAGCAAAUCGAUUGAAGAUGUCACUUGCCAAGGCUAAGGAAAUUGUUUCUGGAAAUCCAGUUGCGGUCUUCAGCAAGACGUAUUGUCCCUUCUGUGUUAGCGUCAAGGAUUUGUUGUCGAAGCUUGGUGCUACUUUUAAGGCUGUUGAGUUAGAUUCUGAAAAGGAUGGAAGUGAGAUCCAGGCUGCACUGGCUGAGUGGACUGGUCAGCGAACUGUGCCAAACGUCUUCAUAGGCGGAAAGCACAUUGGUGGCUGUGACGCGACAACUGCGUUGCACAGGGAAGGGAAGCUUCUUCCUCUGCUAACCGAGGCUGGAGCAAUUGCUAAAACUUCUACAGCUUAGGGAACUAUAUAGAAGGUUCAAUCUACUUGUUUCUCUGAAAUAAAGUGAUCUAUGUUUUUUGUAGUUAAGUGUUGUCAAUGCUAUUUGAUGUUUCAAAGAAGAAAGUUGAACGAGUAAUAAUGCAUUUUGAAAAUUUCGCGA